CGAAAGGGAGGAGAAAUUGACCAAGUCGCGCAUGAAAAGCACUGAGCAGACUAAUCUGUUUUAGGCUCCACCAGACCAGUUAGACGCUGACACACCACUCACUCAAACUUUUAUUUUUCGCAAACCAUUGAAUUCAUCUUACUUUUUUUUUGUGAGGGGUGGGGGGGUUUGAGAGCACCUGCCUCGAGGAUACAGCGGUACAUCCGUCUCCUCUUUGCCGGAUCGGGAGUUGGACUAGCCCAGCUGCGCAGGAGAGCUCCCCUGCGAAACGCGCCAUGGGAUACGGGAGAACCACUGCCGCUUUGUGCAUGUACACCUGAGGCUUUUGUGGAUUAACAACACGUUGUUGUUUUUUUAGGAAAAAGAAGACUCUUUGAUUUACUCGCUUUAAGAGACUUUGUUCAGUCACGCGGAAUCAUUAGCCUCCGCCAAGGACUCUUAUCACUUUAUUUCUAAUUCCACGGUGUGGAUUUCGACGAAGAGCUGCCAGGAUGGUCUCGGCCGACUGUUUCAGAUUGUUCGUUGUCAUCUUGUGUUGUUCGUCACACACAAAUGGACAUUUGGAGACGGAGCACUCGCCUAAGAUUCUGCCCUCUGACAAUCCCCUCAUUCGACCUAAGGACGAUUUAUUGAACCUCACAUGCAGAGGUUAUGGCCUGCUGCACUGGACACUUGGUGAUCCCAGUCGAUCGAUCUCAUCAGAGGGGGUGAAGGUGGAGCCGUGUGAUUCCAGACGUCACUCUCACUGCAGCAAACUGACAGUCGCAAGCUUAAGUGUCAAUGACACAGGAAGUUACAGCUGUAACUACUCCAAGAACGGUUUUGAACACGUCACCUCGAUCUACGUCUACGUCCCAGCUCCCGAGCAACCAUUUGUGGAGCCCCAUAUAUUUAAAAUCUUGGGCAUCUACAGGCAUGAGACCAGCCUGGUGGUUCCCUGCCGGACAUCCUCUCCUGAUACUGUUGUUACACUCACAGGGCAACCACCUUUAUCAGAGAAGGUCACUAAGGAAAUAGUCUGGGAUCCGAAGGUUGGAUUCAAGAUUCCCUACCAACCCGAUACUGAGUAUAGCAUGCUCACCUGUAAAACCACGGUCAACGGUCGUGAGUUCAAGUCAAUGUACAUCCCUAUGAGAAUGACUCAUGUUCUUAUGAAUGUGAAGAUCACCCCAAAUAAUGUCGCCAAAGUGUUGGUUGGAGACACCCUCAUGCUCAACUGUACUGGUGAGACCACCUUUAAUGGAAGAAUCAACUUCACAUGGGAUUUUCCACAGAAGAAAGAAAAGCAUUACUAUACCAAAAAGACGACGGACCCCCCUGCUAAUGUUCUAGAGAUGAGCAAGGCUUUAAUUUUGCCAAACAUUACCAUGGAGGAUCAGGGGAAGUACCACUGCAAGGCUGACCUUGAACCCACGGUACACAGCAAUGUCUCAGUAACAGUCCUUGUCUAUGAGCAUCCAUACCUCUAUGUCUCCUAUAAGCCUGGUCGGCCUGGUAAGGUUACUGUUAGAGAAGGUAAAAAGAAGCUUGUGUUUGCCCCCAAGGUCGACGCUCUGCCACCAACAGACAUGCCAGCAUGGUAUAAGGAUGGGGUCCCUAUCAAGAAUAAUUCCACCUGUUACAAGAUGGCUGGUUACAACUUGAUCAUCUCUGAUGUGCAGCAGAAGCAUGCUGGGGCCUUCACCAUAAGCCUGGGCAACCAAGUGAAGGGCGUGUACAGGAAUCUGAGCUACACGCUGGUAGUCCACGUGAAACCAACCAUUUCAGAGGCAGAGCUUGCCACUGUGGACGUGCAGCCCUACAUGUUUGGCAAACAGCAUCAGCUAACCUGCACUGCUUAUGGGAUACCCUUACCAGACAUCUUUUGGUUCUGGCAACCGUGUCACUCAGACCCUGCACUUGUAAAUUGCAAUGCUAACAACAAGCCUCUUCCGGUCAACAUUGUUGACAGGGGAAAUAACUCCCACAACUGGAUUAAGAGCAUAAAUGACAAGUCUGAGCUGGUUAAAGGAAAAAACAAGACUGUGAGCACCCUGGUGAUAGGAGACGCUGUCAUGUCAGGACAGUACACAUGUGGGGCCCAGAAUGAAGUUGGCAAGACCACAAUGACGAUCCCUUUCUACGUUGACGAUCAACCUGAGGAAAUCACCAUCGAACCUCAGGCAGCCAUCGAGGGGGAUGACGUCACUCUGACCUGUCGGGCAGCUCGCUACCUUUACAAAGACCUACACUGGUUGGAUUCCAGGAAUCAAACGAUCACUUCCAACGUGUCCAGUCUCCAGAUCAGCCGCUACUCCAUUUCUCUUUCUCUCCGUCUGCAUAACGUGUCCCAAAUCAGCACUACAGGUUACAAGUGCCAAGCAUACAAGCUCCACAAGAGGGUUGAACUCAAGACCGCGGCACUUUUUGUGGAUGUGAGAAAAAGCCCCUGGCUGAGUCAAAAUCUGACUGAUCAAGAUGUGAACAGUAGCAGCACCCUGAUGCUGGCCUGCUUUGCUCUGGGAGUUCCUCGUCCGUACAUCAUGUGGUACAAAAAUGGCGUUCAGGUGGAGGAAGGACCAGGUAUCAGUCUGGGAAAGGACGGGGUCCUGACCAUCGAGAGGGUGAAGAAAGAUGAUGAGGGUCUCUAUGAGUGUGUAGCCAGCAAUGUUGAGGGUUUUGCGAAAACCAGUGCUGUUGUUACUGUGGUCGGGGAUGAAGGGAAGCCAAAUGUUGAGGUGAUCAUUUUGGUGUGUACGGGAGCUGCAGCCACGUUCCUCUGGCUCAUGCUGAUCCUCUUCAUCCGCAAGCUAAGGAAGCAACCGGCACAGUAUAAGAUGGGUCCGUCUAUCAUCAUUGACCCUGACGAGUGUCCCCUCGAGGAGCAGAAUGAUCUUCUUCAGUACGACAGCAGUAAAUGGGAAUUUCCCCGUGACCGACUGCGACUAGGCAAAACUCUUGGCCAUGGAGCGUUUGGAAAAGUGGUGGAGGCUUCUGCCUUUGGGAUCGACAAGCUCUCAACCUGCAAGACUGUCGCUGUCAAAAUGUUGAAAGGAGGCGCUACGUCAAAUGAGCGGAAAGCUCUGAUGUCAGAGUUGAAGAUUCUGAUCCACAUUGGCCAUCACCUGAACGUGGUCAACCUGCUGGGAGCCUGCACCAAGCCUGGAGGCCCAUUGAUGAUGAUAGUGGAGUUCUGCAAAUAUGGCAACUUGUCCAACUAUUUGAGAGGCAAGAGAGAUGACUUUCUCGUCUACAAGAGCCAGGACGGUAAGGUGGUGUCGUCAGGAUCGGGCUGCGAGCUGAGCGAGAUGAUGAAGCGCCGCCUGGAGAGCGUGGCCAGCAACGGAAGCUCAGCCAGCUCUGGCUUCAUCGAAGAUAAGAGCUACUGCGACUCAGAGGAAGAGGAAGAAGAAUCUGAGGAUUUAUAUAAGAGAGUCCUGACGUUGGAAGAUUUAAUUUGCUACAGUUUCCAAGUUGCAAAAGGCAUGGAGUUCUUGGCUUCCCGCAAGUGCAUCCAUCGGGAUUUGGCUGCACGAAACAUCCUGCUGUCUGAGAAUAAUGUCGUGAAGAUUUGUGAUUUCGGACUUGCCAGAGACAUCUACAAAGACCCGGAUUAUGUGCGCAAAGGAGAUGCCAGACUGCCGCUCAAGUGGAUGGCACCUGAGGCCAUUUUUGACAAGAUCUACACGACUCAGAGUGACGUUUGGUCGUUCGGUGUUCUCAUAUGGGAGAUCUUCUCUCUGGGUGCCUCUCCAUACCCUGGCGUCCAAAUUGACGAAGAAUUUUGCUGCAGGCUGAAAGAGGGGACCAGGAUGAGAGCACCAGAAUACUCCUCCUCUGAAAUAUAUCAGACCAUGUUGGACUGCUGGCAGGGGGAGCCACAGGAGCGACCGACCUUCAUUGAGCUAGUGGAACAGCUGGGAGAUCUGCUUCAGGCCAGCGUGCAACAGGAGGGGAAGCACUACAUACCCAUCAACACUGCCCUGCUGGCGAAGCUGGGAGACCCGUCCGCCACAGUGCCGUCAGAGGAGACGCCCACACGACCCGUCUCCCACCGCGAAUCAGGGAGCACAUGGAACAUCAAGAUCCGUCCUGCUAGUGUGAAAACCUUUGACGAGGUUACCAUGGAUGACGGGACGAAUGAGAACCACGAGGGCGGUCAGUCAGACAGCGGGAUGGGCCUGUCGUCUGACAACAUGGAGACUCUGAAGCGCCUCGAAUCGCUGGCAGGCCGACCGCUGAGCAUCAUGGCUCUGGCGAUGAAGGCAGUGAGUAAGAGUAAAGAGUCUGUGCUGAGCGACACAGAGAAGGAGAAGUUCCCUCUCAUUGUUCCCUCUCUGGACUUCAGUCUGGACGACUCGGCCCUGGACGCUGGUCUGGAGUGUCACAGCCCGCCGCCUGACUACAGCUAUGUGGUGCGCUACUCCACCCCACCUGUGUAAGCUCCUGCUCCGGCCCUGGAGAGUCUGAACGACAGCCUGGAGGCCUUUGCUCUGUUUUGGACUCUUAUCUCUCGACUGUAGCAAAGUUUGAAAGGAAAACACCAUGAGAUUCCCUCUUAAAGUGUUUAGACAGGACGCUCUGAAAUGAAUCUACCCGACUGUAACUUCCAACUUGCAGAGGGCGUCUGCUGAGCAGCAAAAGGAAACCUGUAGACUGUUGACUCCGUUCCAGUUUUCAGAAGCAGGCCGACGUUAACGCUGCUGGUCCGUUCCACAUUCACUGUGAUAUGUCAAACAGCUGGAAACAGCCUCAGGUAUUUCUGGCAUACUGUGAAAACGAACCACAAUGUGUCUCACGUUACUACAGAUCUGAUCAAACUACAGCCUUUAAAUAUGAAGAAUAACACCCAGAACAGAAGAGAGAGAGAGGACCGCUCAGGCUUUUCAAGUUUAUAUUGAAACUUUUUUUGAAUUGUUUGAAUUGUAUUCAAAAAGUGGAAAAUUUUUAAUUUGUAAAAAAAAAACUUAAAGAGAAAAUAUUUUUGUUAUGGAGCUACAUCCACAUAUUCAGAUUUGCUCAAGGCAAAAAAGCAGAUGGACAACAAUGUGAUAUUGAUUAUUAAUUAUGGAAAAAGUCUCUUAUUUGAGGUGUCAUUGCUCCUUUAACUCCAUAAAAAUAUCAGCUCAACUAACUCAGGUUGACCCAGAGGGACUCUGUCGUGUAGUGGUGGAUGUUUUUUCAACUCUCUGGGUUUUGUAAAAUCACAGCUUAAUGGGGGUUAAUGGAGGAAACCGGGUCGAGCUCAGAGUGAGAUCAGGUGGCUUCAGAUUUAACGUUACAGCUCGACCAUGAAGGCAUUCAAAUGAAAGGUUACUGUAAAUGUGGAUUCCUCCUCCCGCCCCCAUCUGGUGUCAAAGAAACUCAAACGCUGCGUUAUUUGUGUUUGGUCAAACUGAAAAGAAAGUGAGAAUAAAAUCUGAUUCUGUAUGUGUAUUUAUUUAGAUUGUGAACACUGUCACUUAGUAAUCCAGUUUUGUUUUAUUCAUUUACAUUCAUAGUUAAAAGUUAACCAAAGGAUUUUCCAGCUCAGUCUUCCUCAUAUCAACAUGUAAUAUCCCGACACUUCACUCCAGACGUAUAUGCUGUUUGUGCUGCUGUAUAGUAAAGCUGAGGGAAACGUGUCCUUUGUCUCGUGCUACGUGUUAGUAAAGCUUGCAGGGCAGGCUACCUGUGUGACGUGAGCACCAGUUGUACUACGUAACCUGUAAAAUCAAGCAUUUUGUUUCUAAUACAGCAUGUAUCGAAAGUACUGAGGACCAAUCUUAGCGUGCACGCCCUGUAGAAAUGCAGCUAGCUGGUGCUUGUUGACCACGAAAGGAAGCAGUAUUUGUCAGUGAGUAAACUGUAAACUAUAAAGUGUAUUUCCAAAUCCAAUUAAUUGUGUUUAUGUGGAGAGGAAGUGAUUAUGCACUGAUACUUUAUAUCAAGUAUAAUUUUUGUAUUCUAAAGGUGUAUUAUUGUGAAAUGGUGUUGAGGGUCACAUGUUACAAAGAUUUCCAAUUUAUUUUUCAUUUUUAUUUAACUCUUAACUUUAGUGCCUAGUAGGAAAUUAACAUUUGCAAUAUCUGUCAUAUUAUGUUCACUUGUUGACUGCUGUCACAUAACAUUCCAAGGAUUUUAUUGCAUUUCUUCAAACAUAACCAUGAUUAAUAGAACCUCCUAUAUCUUUUUCUGUUAGUUUUGAUGAAAGUAUUGUUAACACUGAGCAUAUGAAGUAAAUAAAUGAAUAAAGAUCUAUAUAUUUAUACUUUA